CAAUGUUGGCGACCGGUCGUUGGGGGCUGUUGGUUCGAGUAAGCGCUUCGGCGCGCUUUGUAACCACUUCAUUCGUCCACCUCGCGCUAGCUUCGAUCUUGUUCCUGCGACCCAACCUGCCGCCUGCGAACGGGGCUCUCUCGCAAGGAGGAUGCAACGCCCACAGGCAGAGCCAAGAACAAGGUCAACAAUGGCGGGGGGAAUAACUACCCGAAGAAAUAAAAUCCGAGCUUAGAGAUGUCCUUUUGCUGAUAGCCCUUGUAUGCCCUCGAAUAUAGUGCGCAAUUGCCAGCCUAAGUGCACAGGUGGUGCGGUACAUACAGAAGGCUUGCUUGGUGUUCGGUCCGCCCGACAAUGCACGUCCUCGCUGACGGUUCGCAACGCCAGGGUCGUCAGCCGAGACGGAGGAACGCGUCGACGAACUCGAACAUGGUGAUAUGGGGGCGGCCCGUUGAUCACCAAGCAUCGCCUCACCCUCUGUCCCGAAGAGGGGCGAAUGCCGAAGAUAGCCAGAGGGAAUACUUGUGGAAUACUCCAGAUGGGGACAAGCCCGACUUCGCCGAAGCCUACACCUACGGCGACGAGAUCCUCAUCUCGUGGAACGCGCUCAACAAUAGCAUCUACGACCUCUGGCUUACUAGUUGGCAAGUCGGGCCCGACCCGGUAGUACUGUGCUUGGCAAGUAAGUCUGAGACCAAACCUAACCCACCCACCUCGUUAUUCCAGGGGGCGGACCUGCUGACAACGGCCGACAAAGGGGCAGUGAAUCUCACUCAAGAUGGCAGCCUCAAGCUGGUCACUUCCGAUCCCCCGGCGGCAGAGUUUGCCAGGGAGACGAAGUACGUCUUCCGCUUCAAGCCGCCGACAAGCCAGGGCGAGUUCGUGGCGUCGGACCCGGACCUGUCCAGCCCGGGCUUCUUGCUCGUCGAGCCAUCCUUCCACCAGAACAACUUCGUCCCGAGCACCACAGGCACCACGCAGUCUCCCUCGGCGACACCGGCACCGAUACCGACACAAUUCCCAGCGACACCAUCGCUCGACGUGGCCACACCGCCCGCCGGGUCGGAGGACACGAAGCCCAACAUGUCGCCCAUCGCAGCGGCCGGGUUAACAAUAGGGCUGAUACUGGCAGUCGUGCUCUUGGUGGCCGUGGAGGUGGGCUACCUCAUGUGGCGGCGCAGGCGGCGGCGGCGGCGGGGACACGGGGACGAAAGCGACGAGAAGACGCCGGCGCCCGCUCGGAGGAGGUGGUGGAAGCGGCGCAGCAAGGACGAGAGCGACCGCGGGUUGUUUAUCCAGGUGGGCAAGGCUGAGAGGAUCGUUGAUGACAAGGUCUGGAUGUCGCCGGAGUUGCCGGGUGAUUCGACAUGGGGCCAGAGUGUGUUGCAUGAACUGCAGGGGUCGCGGCUCGGAAGGGGAAAUCCACCAAAACGGUCUCUGACGAUAAACAGUUCGGUGGUGGAGCUUGAGGCUGGGAGGGGAGUGAGUGAACCUCGUGUCUGACACGAUGAAGUUCGGCAAUCGAAGAAUGUUGUCUCCGAUGCCCCGUACCUCGUACUCCCCAACUUGUUGCGCGGCCGGAUAAAUUUCUCGCUGCAUAUCGCUGUGUUUUCCGAAACAUCGGCGACGGGUUACUUGAGAGAGAUUAAAUUAGGCAUCUGUGCGUGGCCGGCCUGGCCGAGCCUCUUGGGAAGGAACUCGAGAAGAAGCGUUGUUUGGGAGUCGGACCUACGCAGUAAGAACCGGUCACAAGACCGAAAUUGCAGGGCCUGGUCUACCUAACCGUUGACAAGCCAUCGUCUCAGCAAUGUGCC